UGCCGUAUACAGUAAUAGUGUGGCUUUGUAUGGAUUUUCUGAGAGGGAGAGACGACAAAAGGGAUGACGAGAAGCAAGAAAAACGAAAACGGGUUGAGAAAAGGAAGACGAAAACUGGUCAGCCGGAAAUUGCAAAAGACAGCGAGCAGUGGCGUCUUCAUCUGAAAUCCUACGUGCCAUGAGCGUGAGACACCUCGGGGAGCAGACUUGAAAUUGUCACCUCGAAAACGGCAACAGAUUGACUUUGACAUUGACCCGUGAAAUACUUUAUGGCGACUCUCAUUGCUGCUGCUCUCUUAACCUUUUAUGUAUGAAAAUAUAGCUGUUGUUCAUCUUCAUUUGACAGCAGGAAGAAGUGGUGGUAGAGCGACUCCGUUUUUCCAUUUUUUUCUCGCAACAUUCAUCCCGUUCUUCGAGUGUUCGACGUCUUCCCGCUACGGAGGAGAAAGACCAAGAAUAACUGAAAAUCUCAAUAUGUCUGGUUGCAUGUCAAAGGUGGCUCGCCCGGCCAUGCUCGCCGGAUGCGUGGGGGGCGGGCUCGUCGCUGCUAUCAACAACAAACACCGCAGCACGACAACUAUGGAGAUCUCACCAAAUGCGGAAUUCCUGCAAGAAUCUGAAUACAGCGACGAAGCGGGUGGGGAUGUGACUGUAAGCCGCGAUGCUGGUGGUGUAACAAGUAUGAUCGAACGUAAGAAGAGACAAUCCAUGAUCUUAGGAGUCAUCAAAGAUGGAACAGAUCCUCAAGAACAAGAAGAAGAAGAACAAAAUCCUUUUACUCCAGCACAAAGUUCAUCCUCUGACAGUGAAGAGGCGCGCAGCGAUUUAGAAUCCAGAAAAUAUGGAGCAGUUCACAAAGAUGAACGACAUAUUCUUACUCGAGGACAAAGUUUUUCCUUUGAAGAGAGUGAAGAGGCCAGCGUCGAUAGAACCGAAGAUGGUAGCUGAUUUAUCCAUAAUUUCUUCUCAAUGGCAAAAUUUCAAGCUUACCGUAGCAAAGAUAAUUACGAAGACCACGACUUGUUCUUGUUAUUAACUUAGAUGUGGAUCAUGUCUCUUUAUUUUUAUAGUACUAUACUUUCAAUGAGUAAGUAUCGAGCUUGGGGUGUUUUUUCGAUCGUCUGCAUUAUAUGUAAGUAGUACUAGUAGUUCUUUGGUAUAGUACUACUACUACUUCUCGUCCUCAUUACUCAGCCGAGCUCGUCAACAGCGCGGAGAAAAUCUGGAAGAGGCUAACAAACAAGAAACCUCCUAGCGAAGCCAUUACCUUAGCGUACCUUGAGGAGCAAAUAGGUCUAGAAAAGCCAGAAGCUGCAGACAUCAUCAGCGCUAUGGCUCCCGGUGAACUUGACCGCGUCACUUACGAGGACUUCCUCACACUGUGGAAAGAAGACAAGAAGUUCAGGGAUCUGUUUCAGGAGGAUGAAGGCCCAGGCGAUGAAAGUAGUGAAUUCUGGGACGAUAGCGAAAACUUUCGCGCUGGAAGUAACGAAGAGGAAGAGCUGAGGGGUAAUAUUUAAUUCUUCUCAUCGAAGUGGCAUUGGCAUGGAGAUAGACUGUAUACGCACUGGAGGAGCUUGCGGGGAGAGUGAUUACACUAGCUGGCGAGUUAAGAUAGGCGAGAGAAGAGACGCGCGCCUUGGGAGGUUGGGCCCUUGGACGACAGUCGCCAAAAGGCUGCCGACUCAGGGACCAACUCGGGAGAGGGCUCGGGGCAACGGGCCCCGCGAGCCCCGUCGUGUGCGGUGCGAAAAAUGCAAUCACGCGCGACGCCGCUGGCUGAUGCAUUGGCGCACCCCAGCCCCAGCGAUGGCGAGCCCCGGCUCGCGCCUCAGUGGGGGGCUCGGGCGCGGUCGGGUGACGUGGGCGCGUUAACGCUACACCCAAGGGGCG